GGAGGCGGGUUAGGCUGGGCGCGGCCGGCGCUGCGGACCCGCCACAGCCCUCCAGGUCGCUGCGGACCCGAGGCCUGCUAGCCUGCCCGCGGCGCCAUGGGCAAUUGCCAUACGGUGGGGCCCAACGAGGCACUGGUGGUCUCAGGGGGCUGUUGUGGUUCCGACUAUAAACAGUAUGUGUUUGGCGGCUGGGCCUGGGCCUGGUGGUGUAUCUCGGACACUCAGAGACUGUCUCUGGAGGUUAUGACCAUCCUGUGUCGCUGUGAGAAUAUUGAGACGUCGGAGGGGGUCCCGCUAUUCGUAACAGGGGUUGCACAGGUGAAGAUCAUGACGGAGAAGGAGCUCCUGGCCGUGGCCUGUGAACAGUUCCUAGGCAAGCACGUGCAGGACAUUAAGAACGUCGUCCUCCAGACCCUAGAGGGCCACCUCCGCUCCAUCCUCGGGACGCUCACUGUGGAGCAGAUUUAUCAGGACCGAGACCAGUUUGCCAAGCUGGUGCGGGAAGUGGCAGCCCCUGACGUUGGCCGGAUGGGCAUCGAAAUCCUCAGCUUCACCAUCAAGGACGUUUAUGACAAAGUAGACUAUCUGAGCUCCCUGGGCAAGACACAGACUGCCGUGGUGCAGAGAGAUGCAGACAUUGGAGUGGCAGAGGCAGAACGGGACGCCGGCAUCCGGGAAGCUGAGUGCAAAAAGGAAAUGCUAGAUGUGAAGUUCAUGGCAGACACCAAGAUUGCUGACUCUAAGAGAGCCUUUGAGCUGCAGAAGUCAGCCUUCAGUGAGGAGGUCAACAUCAAGACGGCUGAGGCCCAGCUGGCCUAUGAGCUGCAAGGGGCCCGAGAGCAGCAGAAGAUCCGACAGGAAGAGGUCGAGAUUGAGGUGGUGCAGCGCAAGAAGCAGAUCGCCGUGGAGGCACAGGAGAUCCUCCGCACAGACAAGGAGCUCAUCGCCACCGUGCGCCGCCCGGCAGAGGCAGAGGCCCACCGCAUCCAGCAGAUUGCUGAGGGCGAGAAGGUGAAGCAAGUACUCUUGGCACAAGCAGAAGCUGAGAAGAUUCGCAAAAUCGGCGAGGCAGAGGCAGCAGUAAUUGAGGCAAUGGGCAAGGCAGAGGCUGAGCGGAUGAAGCUUAAGGCUGAGGCCUACCAGAAGUAUGGUGAUGCAGCCAAGAUGGCCUUGGUGCUGGAGGCCCUGCCCCAGAUUGCUGCCAAAAUCUCCGCCCCCCUGACCAAAGUUGACGAGAUUGUGGUUCUCAGCGGGGACAACAGCAAGGUGACGUCAGAAGUGAACCGGCUGCUAGCAGAACUGCCUGCCUCUGUGCACGCCCUCACUGGUGUGGACCUUUCAAAGAUACCCCUGAUCAAGAAUGCCACCGGUGCGCAGGUCUGAGGCUCCUGUAGACUCAUGCCCCUCAGCAGCUGCCUGCCCUUCCAGCACCUGUUUUAACAUCACAGGGACAAUGAGAACGUCACCGACUCUGGUGCCUUAUUUUGUAGGGACCAGAAGUGCUGCGUGCGUGUUGAGGCCAUCUCUGGCUGUUUUCCCUUCCCGCCUGUCUGCCUUUUCUUCCUUUCUCUUCCACACCCUCACAUUAACUGCCACAUUCAUCUAGUCUGUCUCCUUGUCUGCCAUAUGUGCCUCUUCCUCUAUCUGGUUCUCUCCCCCUUUCUUCCCACCUCCACACACACCAGAUAGUUUAAGUGAAGUUAAAGUUGUGAUAAUCACUGUCUGUCUGUGAGGAGUGGCCCUACUGCCCCUCAGCAUCCUGGUGCCUUCAAAUUCUACAUGGAUCUGUCGCUCUUCCCUGGCCCUGGCAGAGCCCAGCAUGGGGACAAGGGUUCUGGGUAGGACACCCACUUUCCUCCUUCCUGGUCCGAACUUCCUAGCCCUGUUCCAGGAAGCCCAUAACCCACACACUCUUGUCCUUUGAGGUCUGAGUGGCCAUGGUCUAUUGGCCCUAGAGUAAUACCCUUCACACACACGCAUACACACACACACACACACACACACACACACACACACACACGAGUCCCAGGCCUGCUGUUAUACCUGCCCCUCUCUCCUGCACCCCAGAGGCACAGAGGCAAGGCCUCUUGUCUAUAGCAGCUUCCUUGGUUUACCACUGCCUCAGGAGGCCCUGCUCAUCAUGCUCAGGGACAUUGUCCUUGAUUGGUUGGGUGGGUUGUGGUUUGAUUUUACUAAAUCUUUCUGGGGUCAAUGUCUAGCUCUGUUGGGGACAGGAAAGUUUGUAGACUGUCUUCCUGCUAGUGCUGUGCUUUCCUGGGCAUGGGGCUCUCCCAGGGGGCAAGGCUGUGCCAACCCUAAGAGAAUCAAGUGCUGUAGACUGGCCAAACCUCACUUCCUCUGUGCCAUUUUCUUGGCCAGCAUGAUGGGGGUCUAGCCAUGGGAAGCAGCUAAAUCUUCUGUACCUUUGCACCACUGGUACCAGAAGAACCCAACGCCCGAGAACCCUCAUAUGGGUGCAGUGGUGUCCCAUGGUUCCAGCCCCCAGCCCUGGCCCUGCCCCAGCCUGUGUAGUUGUUCUGCAUGUGAAUGCUGCAUGUCUGGUCUGGGGUUUGGAUGUUGCACUGCCCCACUGCCUGUCCCCCUCUGUAAAAAUAAAGAUCUAUUAUGCCCACA